AUGAAUACCACAAUGCAGCCUAAGUUUCUUCAAUCUCCAUGGCCCUUCUUCAACAACGUAAGCUCACCAUUUUUAUUCAAUGAAUUUGGAGAUUUUGGAUUGGCUAUGGAUGUUGACAUGGAUGACUACAACCGCGACUUUUGUCCUCCUUUCAUCACAACCGAGGACUACUCCCUUGAUAAAUCUAAAAUCUCAACCUUUCCAAGUCCAACCACUUUACUUGACGAGUUUUCAGACCCUCAAGUUCAUGUCAAAGAUUCAGAUACCUGGUUGCCAGAAGACGAUUUUUCGAUAGCUGUGGAGGAUUUUGGUAUUGAGGUUUUGUCAAAGUCGCCGGAGAAAAGUGAGGAGAGUUUGCAACUAACUUUACCUACUGAAAACAUGGAAAUCAACAAUGUAAUUCAUCUAAUCAAAGCUUAUAGAGAAGCCAUUGAUGAAGGGCAGAUACAGCUUUCCGAAGUGAUCGUGAAGCGUAUAAGCGAGAAAGUGAGUCCGGUUGGGGGAGUCAUGGAUCGGUUUUUGUAUUACUUGUUCCAAUCCUUCGACAAGCAAGCUGAUUACCUUAGGCAAGAGUCAAACAAUAACUUCCUUGCAGCUUUCAUGACAUUCUACCAAAUAUUCCCAUAUGGGAAGUUUGCUCAUUUCGCAGCCAACAGAGCAAUCCUCCAAGCCAUGCCUCAUGAUGUGGAGCUCAUACACAUCAUUAACUUUGACAUGGGGGAAGGGAUUCAAUGGCCUUCAAUGAUCGAAGCCAUUGGAUGGCAACAAAGGAAGGAGAUCAGACUUAAACUAACAUCAGUAAAAUGGAGCGAGGGAGAUUCUGAGUGUUCCCCCUCACCCUGGAGGUUCGCAGAGACAAGGAGAUGGUUGUGUGAUCAUGCCCAAGCUUUUUGCGUAAAGUUGACUGUGGAUACCAUGGAACUUCAUGAUUUGGUUAAUGAGAUGAAGACAAUGAAGAGAAAUGGAAGGAGAAGAGAGUGGUUGGUUUUUAAUUGCAUGCUAAGGCUUCCCCACAUGGGCAGGGUGAGAAGUAGGAGAGAUCUAUCAAAAUUUUUAAGGGUGGCUAAGGAAUUGCUAGCUUACGUUACAAAUCGUAAUUUUGAUAGAAAAUCUUUUAGUACGCAGAAUCCGAUUAUAGAAUUAGAUGUGGGUUCCAUUUCAUGUGAAAAUAUUGUGUUCAGUUUUAUGAUCAGAUCUUGUGCACGUAGAAGAACUGAUUUUGAUAACAUGGGUAUUAUAGCUUUUGGUGAUGGAGAUGUUUGGGUGAAUCCAAAAAUUUCCUCUAGUUUUGGUUCAUUCUUGGAUGGGCAUUUGGUACAUUACAAGCUUUAUUAG